CUUCCUCGGUCAAACAGAAAAGCCAUCGACUCGGCACUUUGAAAAGCCGGCCAGCCUGCAGCCGUCUCGGCCAGCCAGGCUGCUCAUUGGCUGCUGCCAGGCUAUGAGGUCAUCAGUGCGUGCUAUAAGAGCUCUGGGAGCGACAUCCUAUGCUAGUGAGCUUCAUGUGUUUCAAAGUAGAGUGCAGCGCAACAGUGAGGGAGAGGGAGUGAGAGAGAGAGAGAGGGAGAGAGAGAGAGAGAGAGAGCGGAGACUAACGGAGACACGGAUAAGUGAGGUAGAUAGGCUAAAUUACUGAACCAAAGCCAUAUUUAACUUUAUGGGUGAGAAGACGACACUAAGAAGAGCCGCCUGAGGUUUUCUUCAAGGUUUUCUUCUUAUUUGUCCCGCCUUUUCUUUACUUUGACAUGUAUAUGUAAGUUUACUUAGUUCCUGCCGCUUUUGACCGACCCCGACAGCUUCCUGUUUUCUGACUUCCUAUGCCAGUCUCGCCAUGGGAAGCACAGAGGCACUGGGACUAUCAGCUGGGGCUAACAGCUCCUCCUCGGACCCUGGCGCGUUGGAGGUGGAGAUGGUGUUGCUGGGCGUGGUGAUGUCUCUGCUGGUCCUGGGCAUCGUUUUCGGGAACGUGUUGGUCAUCACCGCCGUUGCCCGCUUCCAGAGGCUGCAGACGGUCACCAACUGCUUCAUUACCUCCCUGGCCUGUGCCGACCUGCUGAUGGGACUAGUGGUGGUGCCCUUCGGGGCCUGUUACAUCAUCUUCAACACCUGGCACUUCGGAAACUUCUGGUGCCAAUUCUGGACAGCCGUUGACGUGCUGUGCGUCACGGCGAGCAUUGAGACACUGUGUGUGAUCGCCCUGGACCGCUACCUGGCCAUCACAACGCCCUUGCGGUACCAAUCCCUGCUCACCAAAUGCAAGGCCCGCUUUAUAGUGCUGCUGGUGUGGGCUGUGGCUGGGCUUAUUUCCUUCUUGCCCAUCCUCAAGGAAUGGUACGUCUCCGAUGACAUAGAGGCUAAAGCUUGCUUCGAGAAGCCCACCUGCUGCGAAUUCUACACCAAUCCAGCCUACGCCAUCACGUCCUCCAUCAUCUCCUUCUACAUCCCCCUAGUGGUCAUGGUGUUUGUCUACAGCCGCGUCUUCCAGGAGGCCAAGAAGCAGCUGAAGAAAAUAGACAGGUGUGAGGGACGCUUUCAUGCCCAGAACAACAACUUGGCUCUGGAGAACCACAAUGGUGAAGCGAGGAACUGGAAGAAACCUAGGUUCUGCCUGAAGGAGCACAAGGCAUUGAAGACCCUGGGCAUCAUCAUGGGCAUCUUCACCCUCUGCUGGCUGCCCUUCUUCAUUCUCAAUAUAGUGGUGGCCCUUAAGAAGUUUGACAACAUUGAUCUGACCUACAAGAUCUUGAACUGGAUAGGAUAUGCUAACUCAGUGUUCAAUCCCCUGAUUUACUGCAGGAGCCCAGAGUUCCGCUAUGCCUUCCAGGAGAUCCUUUGCUUGCGGAGGCCUCCUUUCCACAAACUGGGACCCCCUAACGGAUACUUUUACAGUGGGCACAGCUGGCAAGUGAAAGCACAGCUGAGAAACAAGGGUAACUUGGAGGAAUACGACGUGUCUGAGAACAUGCUGGAGACGGGCUCUGAUUCUGCAGAUGCAAAAGACUCGAAUGGGAACUGCAGCAAAGCCACGGUCAGCAGCAUGUGAGCCCCUCGCGGAGAGAGCCCUCACUUUGCCUGUUGGCUAUGGGAGUCUGCCUUCUCCUUCUGGUAAGGAGGCAGGGCUGGGAAACAGGCUUCAUUGCAUUUAGACCAUUAACUUGACUUACAUACUGUACCCAAGCUAGCCUAGUGAUGUCGAUCCCGAUGAGUUUGGGAAACAGCAGUUUUCUACUCUGUUCAUCUACCUCAUUAUAUUUUAUUUUUAUAAGACCCAUAAUGUAAAAAUUGUCCACUUGGAAGGCAGCAAACAGGUCUUGUUUUCUGUCAGCCAAAAAAAUGAAUAUCAACGUCAUACGGUUGUUACCCGAGGUCGCUUGUUUAAUUACACAGUAAUUUAUGCGAGCUGUGCAGGAGGACUAGCUACUUCUGAGAAUGGGAUGUGAAACAGGAUGUGAAAUGGGAUGUGAAAUGGGAUGAACCGAGGGAGGAUUCAAGGAGCAAUGCGGUCGAACUCCGCUUCCCGGCAUCCAUUUGUGAAGCGUUCCGUGUGAAGGCAGGUUUCACCGAGCACAGGGGCCGUCUGUGAGCUUCCCUGAAAAGAAGUAACUGUACACUUUGAGGGGAAGUGACAGGUGUGGACGGGAGUGUGCGCCGCUGCCAGCAAUGCGACAGCAGCGAGCUGCACGUUCCCUGCAGCGCCCUGCGCGUGUCACUGGCAGCCGUGCUUAAACACCACUGCACAAAAUCGGACUAGCCGAGCACUCGGCACAUGAUAGUGGCAAGGCUGUCCCCGUUGUCCCCCUUUAUGGCCCUUCCUGCCGAGGUCUCCAAGCAGCUGGUCGUGGCUGCAGAGCUGCGGUUCCAGUGCAGGACUCACUGCCAGAGCUGCAGUAACAGUGUCUGUGUUUAGGGCACUAUGCUGCACAAUUGCAGUUAGGGCACACAGUGGACGCCUCACGUCCAGCUCAGGCUGAAAGGGGCCAUCCCAGGUCAGUGGACUCUGCUUUAUGAAAUCUGGGUCAGUGAUGUGUUUAUCUCUGCAUGCGAAGUCCAAUGUGCCGCGUUAAAACUGUGAACCAUUACCUUUCAAAAAGAAAUAUAUAUAUAUAUAUGUAUGUACGUAUGUAUGUCACUGUGUCUUCGAUGGUCCCUCUGUGCUUAUGUCCACAUAAAGUGUAAGUCUGUGAACUUAUUUAUUCUGUGACUUUGCAUUACGUUCCUGGUUAUGCUGAACGUCUAGCUCUUUCUGUCAGAUACGGAUAUCUGUUUCGUUGUCACUCGUAUUGUUCCAAGGUUCAUCACACUGUGGUGAACAGCAAAAAAAAGGGAAUGUUUAACCAACAAAAACGCUUUGCUCAGCUGUUACAGAAAUGUCUACUGCAUGCAACUUAUUUAUAGGUUAACUAUUUACUAAAUGAAUGCUUCAGUGAAGUGCAGUGGCUCCUGGCUCCCGUGUUUGUGUGGCAUGAUCUUCUCCUUGUCUUAUGAAGCACUUUGGACAAAAUUUGGACAAGUGGACAAAAAUAAAUAAAGUGGCCUGAAGCGUCUGUUGACGCUGCCAUCUGCUGGUAGUGUCACCUUCUGCGGCUUAAUGUGACGUGAACUCUGAGACAUUCUGCAAGAUGUGGCACUUCUUCUGCCUCAAACGCUGCCUUCCCCCCCGAGGGGGCUUGGCUGGUGUAGAUACGGCUCCUCUUGAUUUGGGGAUGCCCAUGGCUGUCUUGUGGUGUUCCAGGAAGCCCCCCCCCCUCCCCCACCCAGCAGCCACUGGGGCCAGCCAGGUCUCCUUCAUCCUCACCCGUCGCCUUCCGAGCGUGAAGGUCAGUGUACUGACACACAUGGUCUCUCUAAUCAAUCAUUAACAGGCACAUCAGUGCCGGGGACAUUGGUUCGAGUGGUUGUGCCUAAUGGGGAUGCAGCCACGUCGACAGCAGCCCGGCAGGUUCAGGAGGGUGGGCGGCACCUGCAUGCCCCAGGGGGCCCAGCCAAACAGGAAGUGACAUAGGAGUGCCCAGCCGGGGGCAAAGGGCGAGGGUUCGACAGCCGCCUACCUGCACAGCAUGGAGGAGGGUCUCCCUGACCCUCCAGUUCGAUGUUUACGUUGUUAAUUAUUUACUUACGCACAAGAUGUCAUUUGAUUGUUAUUGUGUUUCGUUUAUCUGGUGAUGAUGUACAAAGUCAGCUGUUCAAUGGUGAUUCUGGUAAGUGUUGGUUAAUAAAUAUUGUACGUCAUGCA